AUGGCUGCAAAAGGCUUUCGUUUCCUAGCUUUUUUGGUGGAAGAAAAGGAAGCGAAACGUCGCAUCUUGGAAUGCUGUAACGGAGUUAGGGGGUUAGAGAAACUCGCCGAGCAACUCCUUGACUCACUGAGUUACGAUGUUAACAAGCCCGCAUUUCGUGAACUCGAUCGGGGUUCACUCAUUCAGAAUCAGGAAGCUAUGAGUGUGAGGAAUCUCACCACUGAUCGGUUUGCUCUUCUCGAGUUUAAACACCAUAUCCUUGAUCCUCACAAUGUCUUAGCAGACAAUUGGACAGCCUCCAACUCUGUUUGUAACUGGUUCGGUGUUUCUUGUGGUGUCAGACAUGGAAGGGUCACAUCCUUGACUCUCCCAAACAUGAGUCUUACAGGAACAAUCCCUCCUAACCUUGGAAAUCUCUCAUUUCUACUCUCUCUCGACUUGAGCAGCAACAAUUUCUAUGGCAAUCUACCUAAAGAAAUGGGGCAAUUGCAUCGUUUGAGGCUCAUUCGCUUAAGCUUCAACAGCUUGAAUGGGGGAAUUCCAUCAUGGCUUGGGAAAUUACAUAGAGUUGAACAGUUGAAAAUGAGAAAUAAUAAAUUUACAGGCACAAUUCCUCAAACACUUGUUAACAUGUCCAACCUAGAGAUCUUGCACUUGGCGAACAAUCAACUAUCCGGUCAGAUUCCAUCUUCCAUCUUCAAGAUUUCCUCUUUGAAAGAGAUUCAUCUCCAACAUAAUAGUCUUUCUGGUAGUUUGCCAGAUGAUUUAUGUGUCCAUCUUCCUAAACUUGAAGUGCUUUACUUGUUCAUAAAUGAAUUAUCCGGUUAUAUGCCAUCAAGUAUAGGCACAUGCAGCAAGCUUCAACAAUUAGCUUUGUCUAAUAAUGAAUUCAAUGGGUUCAUUCCAAGAAAUAUUGGAAAUUUAACACAACUCAAAGGAGUAUAUUUGGGUAAAAAUAACUUAGAAGGUGAAAUUCCUAAGGAAAUUGGUAAUCUUUAUAGUUUAGAGAUAUUAAGUGCAUCAACUAUGGGCCUUACUGGUAAGAUUCCAGCUUCCAUCUUCAACAUUUCUUCUCUGACCAUUGUUUCUCUAACAAAUAAUAGUUUAUCAGGUAGAUUGCCUGAUUAUAUGUGUCAUCAUCUUCCUAAGCUUAAGGGGCUUUACUUAGCUGAGAAUCAAUUAUCUGGUAAUAUUCCAUCAAGUAUAGGCAAAUGCUGUAAUUUGCAGAUUUUGGAAUUAUCUAUAAAUCAAUUCACAGGGCUCAUUCCAAAAAGUAUUGGAAAUUUAACGCAACUCAAAGGAGUAUAUUUGGGUAAAAAUAGCUUAGAAGGUGAAAUUCCUGAGGAAAUUGGUAAUCUUUUUAGUUUAGAGAUAUUAAGAGCAGCAAGGAUGAGCCUUACUGGUAAGAUUCCAGCUUCCAUCUUCAACAUUUCUUUUCUGACCAUUGUUGCUCUACAAAACAAUAGUUUAUCAGGGCUCAUUCCAAAAAGUAUUGGGAAUUUAACCGUGCUCAAAGAACUAUCUCUAGAUGAAAACAGAUUGGGAGGGCUCAUUCCAAAAAGUAUUGGGAAUUUAACCGUGCUCAAAGAAGUAUAUCUAGGUGAAAACAAAUUUGAAGGUGAAAUUCCCGAGGAAAUUGGUAAUCUUUUUAUUUUAGAGAUACUAGGUUUGGGAGAAAUGGGCCUUACUGGUCGGAUUCCAGCGUCCAUCUUCAACAUUUCUUCUCUGACCACUAUUGAUCUACGUAAUAAUAGUUUAACAGGUAACUUACCACCCAUGGCUAGGCUUCAAAAACUUGAAGCGCUCAUUCUGUGGGGAAAUAAUCUUAGCGGAAACAUUCUCAACUCCAUCUCUAAUGCUUCCAUGCUCAGGAUCCUUGACGUAGCAUAUAACUCAUUCUCUGGCCUUAUUCCAAAUACUCUUGGCAACUUAAGACAUCUUGAGUGGUUUCAAAUUACGGAUAAUCAUUUUAUCACAGAACCUGCCACUCACGAGUGGAGCUUUCUCUCUUCUUUGGCAAAUUGCAAGAAUUUGAGUGUUCUAGAUGUUUCACUAAAUCCAUUGAAUGGGAUUCUUCCAACUAACAUUGGGAAUCUUUCAACAACUCUUCAAGAACUUUUAGCUUCUGAUUGUGAGCUUCAAGGUAAUAUUCCACUGGAAGUCGCUAACUUAAGCAACAUUUUUCUCUUAGACCUUAGCAUUAAUAAAAUAAGUGGAUCUAUUCCAGCGACAAUAGGAGGACUACGAAAUGUCCAAAGUUUGACUCUUGAGACUAACGAGUUACAAGGGCCCAUCCCUGAAAAAAUCUGUGGUUUGGAGAGAUUAUAUACACUGAACUUAUCUUUUAAUAAGCUCAGUGGACCUAUGCCUGCUUGUUUGGGUAAUUUGACUUCUUUAAGAAGUCUUUACUUGGGAUCCAACAAAUUGAGUUAUGCAAUACCCUCAACCUUGUGGAGCCUUAAAGAUAUCUUAGAAAUAGAUUUGUCGUCAAACUACUUUAGCGGCUCACAGCCACUUGAUAUCGGACAUUUAAGGGCACUAAUGUAUUUGAAUUUGUCAAAGAAUCUACUAAUGAGUGAUAUGGUGUCUACAAUUGGGGGCCCUGAAACAUUGGUUUCUUUAGAUUUAUCUAAUAACAAGUUUCAUGGUCAUAUUCCUGAGUCAUUUGGUGGCUUGAUUAGUUUGGAAUUCUUGGAUUUAUGCAAUAACAAUCUCUCUGGAGUUAUUCCCAAAUCAUUGGAAAAGCUUUCGAAUCUAAAAUAUUUUAAUGUUUCCUACAAUAGAUUGGAAGGAGAAAUCCCCACUGGACGAUGUUUUCAAAACUUUUCCUAUGGAUCAUUCAUGAAAAAUUAUGCACUUUGUGGUCCAUCUAGAUUGCUAGUCCCACCUUGCAAGAGUAGCAUCCACAGAAAUUCCAAGUUGACCAUACUGCGUGUUUUAAGGUAUGGUUUACCAUCAAUUGCUACUAUUGUAGUAACAAUAGUUUUUACUAUUAUAUACAGAAAACGCCAAAGUAGGAGUAUAACUCUACCUGUUAAGGAAGAUUUGUUAUCUUUGAAAACAUGGAGAAGAAUUUCAUAUGCUGAACUUUCACAAGCAACAGAUGGAUUUGGAGAAUGCAACUUUCUUGGUUCAGGGAGUUUUGGAUCUGUAUAUAAAGGGAGGCUUUCAGAUGGGAUGAAUGUUGCAAUAAAAGUUUUCAAUUUGCAGAUAGAGGGAGCAUUUAGGAGUUUCGACACUGAAUGUGAAGCUAUGCGUAAUAUAGUCCAUCGCAAUCUUGUCAAGGUCAUUACUUGCUGCUCCAAUGUGGAAUUCAAAGCCUUGGUGCUUGAUUUCAUGCCUAAUGGAAGUCUUGAAAAAUGGCUACAUUCUGAACAUUAUUUUCUUGAUAUCUUACAAAGGAUCAAUAUAAUGAUAGAUGUUGCAUCAGCUCUAGAAUACCUUCAUGCUGGACAACCAACUCCUAUAAUCCAUUGUGACCUAAAGCCAAGUAAUAUUCUACUAGAUGAAGACAUGGUUGCGCAUUUGGGAGAUUUUGGCAUUGCCAAACUAUUAGAAGAAGAUGAUUUCAUGAGACAAACCAUGACACUUGCAACUAUUGGAUAUUAUGGCACCAGAUCAACUAGAAUCUGUCAAUCCGCAAACUGCAAAGACAAAUUUGGCAUCGGGAAUAUGGUGGAUACUACAUCAGAAGCUACAAGUUCCUAUUUAUCCUCACAAAUGGGACUACAUGACCAAAUUAUGCAUGCUGAUCCAAGGAACUUUCAGCAGUAUGCACCAGUUGAGUCAAGGGGAACUAUCAGAAGCUUCACAUCAAUGAAGAACAAGAGGUCGUAG